GUACUGAGAAAAGAAGGAAGCAAUCUAGAAACUUACCCCAGAUCCCAGGAAAGGGAACUUGUAUCUGCAGACACAAGGCACACCAAUAAGACAGAUUCCUCCAUCCUCGACCUCCCACUCUUCAGUGCCAGAUCUGUAAGCGCUUAGCCAAGCAUGCUGGGAGAUACAGAACAACUGAAGCAAAGGAGUAUGUGGAUGCCUUAGAUUCUCCUCCAUUCUGUGCUGCUCGCUCCUCCUAACACCACCCCCCUACUAGACGUAGGCACUAGACGUGACAGUCAGCCACAUUUGAACUGAAGAAAACACUGAAGACACAGUCUCCAGGAGAAUGUCUCAAAAGCAGCCUCAGUCACCUAAUCAGACUUUAAUUUCAAUCACAAAUGACACAGAAUCAUCAAGCUCUGUUGUUUCCAACGAUACCACAAAUAAAGGGUGGACUGGAGACAACUCUCCAGGAAUAGAAGCUCUGUGUGCCAUCUACAUCACUUACGCUGUGAUCAUUUCAGUGGGUAUCCUUGGAAAUGCUAUUCUCAUCAAAGUCUUUUUCAAGACCAAAUCCAUGCAAACAGUUCCAAAUAUUUUCAUCACCAGUCUGGCUUUGGGAGAUCUUUUACUUCUGCUGACUUGUGUGCCCGUGGAUGCAACUCACUACCUUGCAGAGGGAUGGCUGUUCGGGAGAAUCGGGUGUAAGGUGCUCUCUUUCAUCCGGCUCACUUCUGUUGGAGUGUCGGUGUUCACGCUAACGAUUCUCAGCGCUGACAGAUAUAAAGCAGUUGUGAAGCCACUUGAGCGACAGCCCUCCAAUGCCAUCCUGAAGACUUGUGCAAAAGCUGGCUGCAUCUGGAUAAUGUCCAUGAUAUUUGCUUUGCCAGAGGCUAUAUUUUCAAAUGUACACACCUUGCGAGAUCCCAACAAAAAUAUGACAUCUGAAUGGUGUGCCUUUUAUCCUGUCUCUGAGAAGCUCUUGCAGGAAAUACAUGCUCUGCUGAGCUUCUUAGUGUUCUAUAUUAUUCCACUCUCAAUUAUUUCUGUCUAUUAUUCUUUGAUUGCUAGAACUCUUUACAAAAGCACCUUGAACAUACCUACUGAGGAACAAAGCCAUGCCCGCAAGCAGGUUGAAUCCCGGAAGAGAAUUGCCAAAACAGUAUUGGUGCUGGUGGCUCUGUUUGCUCUCUGCUGGUUGCCAAAUCAUCUCCUGAAUCUCUACCACUCAUUCACUCACAAAGCCUAUGAAGACUCCUCUGCCAUACAUUUCAUUGUUACAAUUUUCUCUCGGGUGCUGGCUUUCAGUAAUUCUUGUGUAAACCCCUUUGCUCUUUAUUGGCUGAGCAAAACCUUCCAAAAGCAGUUUAAAGCUCAGCUUUUCUGCUGCAAGGGAGAGCUACCUGAGCCUCCCCUUGCUGCAACCCCUCUUAACAGCCUGGCUGUGAUGGGCAGGGUCUCAGGCACUGAGAAUACACACAUCUCUGAAAUUGGUGUGGCCUCAUUCAUUGGGCGUCCUAUGAAAAAGGAAGAGAAUAGAGUCUAGUUUUUCCAUUAAAAAUGGUGUUUUUUCCUCCCAGUAUAUGUAUCCCACUCUAAACUGUGCAUAGGUGUGUGGAUGGAUUUUUCUUGUUUGUGAACUGUGUUGAAGUCUGAGGAGCAAAGAAUCCAUGUAAGUAAAAGAUGAACCAUGAUUUCCUUCGAAGUAUAAACAGUAAUGCCAUGGGGCUUUCUAACUAAACUGAAGCCCAUGAAGUAUAGAAAGAUAUGCUUGUUUAUGCCAGUGAACUCUAACAGGAGCCUCAACAGGAGGAAAGGAGAAAUAAACAAGAUGAAAGAUAAAAAUCUAAUUUAUUUCCAUCACAUCUCUGAUGCUUCUAAGUGCUUAUAUAUACUCCUUUGUCAUUGAAGUGUGUGUGUGUGUGUGUGUGUGUGUGUGUGUGUACUAUGGGGUGUGAAUCUAAUCUUAUGCUUUGUAUGGGAAAAGGAGAUCAAAAAGAGAAAAACCUCUCUUACAUAGUUUUCUUAAAGACUAAGCAACUGGCCCUUUCUGUGACUCUAACGAAAUCUGCAAUUUAAAUGAAAAUGUUUGAAGGUCAGUGAGAAUCAAGUGCUGAGUAAGGAUCUGGGGCAGGGUGAUUGCCUUACUGGGUCAACCCUUCCUGACUUAAUGUAGUUCUGCUUAGAAUUGCAUUGAUUAAGAAUUAGGCAGAGUUGGAUUUGCACAAAUAUUGUUGAGAACUUGCCUCAUUCACAGGCAGAAAAAGUGGCCACAUUUAUGGUGUCAUUAAAUGCCUCGCUGGACCCCUGUGGAAAAAUCUGUACCUGCCAGUGUCUGAAAUUCUUCCUUUAAGAAACUGCAUUUCUCUUGGGUAAGCAGUGCCCUCUUUCUAAAAACCUGCAGAAGUGCCACGUAAACCUUACCACCUAGGUGUGCAGCUGUCAUCGGUUCAUCCUCCUGCUUGACUUUUUUAAAUUUAAUUGGUGCCUAAGUCCUGUAAGAGUAUGACCUAACUAACCUCUGUCCCUCAAGAUCCGAUGGAAGGCUCUGAUCUUCUGUCCACUGCUCAUAUUGCUAACCCAAGAAGCUUGUUACUAACUAUUGUAUUAAAAACCGUUGUCAAUAGAUUUGUCAGAUUUAGACUUGUGGUUUCAGAAAUGUAUUCUUGGAGCAAAUUAAAGCUUGUGUUUGGCGCUAUUGUCAAAUCUGUAUUUUUAAAAACUUGAUAUGUGAGUGUGCUUUUGAUAGCUGUGAGCUUUCUUUAACUGGCUUGUGUGGUUGUGAACUUUUGCUAAUGAUGUGGCUCAAAAGGGGAUAUAUAUAUUAACACUAGACAUUAAAUCUGUAAAAUUGGCUUACUUAAAGUGGGGUGCUGGUAUUGUAUUACUAUUGCUUUAAGGUGGGCAUUGUAAUAAGUGGGGGAAAACCAAUAAACAUGAAAUAAAGUUCCAAA